UGCUGACAAAAAAAACCUGGCGCCGCCGACCGCCGCCGCGGCAGUUGUUGCUUAGGCAUAGCUCCUCCCGUACCGACUGAUACUGCGCCGCAGUGCUCCGACGGUCCGACCGAUCACAACCCGCGGUCCGACGGUUCGUGUGGUGGAACGCCGCGCGCGGAGAUCUCUCGUACCGUCGUACGGGAAUCGCAUGCAAUGGCGGUGCACCACGCGCUCGAGGUGCUCGACGGCCGCUGCGACGACGACGGCCACCCGCGCAGGACUGGGACUGCGUGGACGUGCGCGGCGCACAUCAUCACGGCGGUGAUCGGCUCCGGGGUGCUGUCCCUGGCCUGGAGCGUGGCGCAGCUGGGCUGGGUGGUCGGCCCGGCCUGCAUGUUCUGCUUCGCGCUCGUCACCUACGUCUCCGCGGCGCUGCUCGCCGACUGCUACCGGCGCGGUGACCCCGGCAACGGGCCACGGAACCGCUCCUAUAUGGACGCCGUCCGUGUCUACCUCGGCAAGAAGCAUACCUGGGCGUGCGGCUCACUGCAGUACGUGAGCAUGUACGGCUGCGGCGUCGCCUAUACCAUCACCACCGCCACUAGCAUAAGGGCGAUUCUGAAGGCGAACUGCUACCACGAGCAUGGACACGGCGCGCACUGCGAGUACGGUGGCAGCUACUACAUGCUCAUCUUCGGCGGCGCCCAGCUCCUCCUCUCCUUCAUACCGGAAUUCCACGACAUGGCGUGGCUCUCCAUCGUCGCCGCGGUCAUGUCAUUCUCGUACUCCUUCAUCGGCAUUGGCCUCGGCCUCGCAACAACCAUUGCUAACGGGACGAUCAAAGGAAGCAUAACAGGUGUUCGGAUGAGGACGCCUAUGCAGAAGGUUUGGCGCGUCUCGCAGGCCGUCGGCGACAUCGCCUUCUCGUACCCCUACUCCUUGAUCCUCCUGGAAAUACAGGACACCCUGAAGUCACCGCCGGCCGAGAACAAGACGAUGAAGAGGGCAUCGAUUGGCUCGAUCCUCGUCACGACGUUCUUCUACCUCUGCUGCGGCUGCUUCGGCUACGCCGCCUUCGGGAGCGACUCGCCGGGCAACCUCCUCACCGGCUUCGGCUUCUACGAGCCGUACUGGCUCAUCGACUUCGCCAACGCCUGCAUCAUCCUCCACCUGCUGGGCGGGUACCAGGUGUACAGCCAGCCCAUCUUCCAGUUCGCGGACCGGUUCUUCGCGGAGCGGUUCCCCGACAGCGGGUUCGUGAACGACUUCCACACCGUCCGGGUCGCGUGCCUGCCGGCGUGCCGGGUGAACCUGCUGCGCGUGUGCUUCCGGGCGCUGUACGUGGCGUCCACGACGGCGGUGGCCGUGGCGUUCCCCUACUUCAACGAGGUGCUGGCGCUGCUGGGCGCGCUCAACUUCUGGCCGCUGGCCAUCUACUUCCCCGUGGAGAUGUACUUCGUCCAGCGGAACGUGCCCCGGUGGUCCACACGCUGGGUCGUCCUGCAGACCUUCAGCGUCGUCUGCCUGCUCGUCAGCACCUUCGCGCUCGUCGGCUCCAUCGAGGGGCUAAUCACCCAGAAGCUAGGCUAGGCUAGGCUAUUCCAGAUUUCCAGUCCAGUAUGUGUUUUGGAUUGCUUUUCUUCUUGUUGUAAUGAUAUAAUGGAGAAUGCAGCAGCAGUAGGCUAAAGCGAACUGGAGAUUGUUUAUCUCCAACAAGGACCAAGGGCCGGGAUGACGAACAGCAGCAGCAUAUACUAGCAGUACGUAGCAGGUCACCUGCAGGAUCUGGGACAGGGAGUGGCAGCGUUCUCUAUGAUUUUCAAGUGCAUUCCUCCUUUAUUGCCGUGGAGUGGAAACAUGUCGCAUUGAUACUGCCAGAGUUGCCUCGGAGUUCAGAAGAACGCGAGGAACCUGUGUCACUGAAUGCCGCCUAUGUUGUUUCAGUUUC